GAAAAAGAAGAGUUGAUUGAAGAAUGGCAACCAGAGCCUCUUGUACCUCCCGUACCAAAAGAUCACCCAGCUCUCAACUACAACAUUGUUUCAGGUCCUCCCACCCACGUAAUCACCGCUAAUGGCAAGGAAUGUGUUAACUUUGCAUCGUUUAAUUUUCUUGGACUUUUGGAGAAUGACAAGGUUAAGACUGCAGCCCAGGCAUCUCUGAAGAAAUAUGGUGUUGGCACUUGUGGACCUAGAGGAUUCUAUGGUACUUUUGAUGUGCACUUAGAACUAGAAGAACGACUAGCAAAAUUCAUGAGGGCAGAGGAAGCUAUUAUAUACUCAUAUGGGUUUGCAACAAUUGCCAGUGCUAUUCCUGCAUAUUCAAAAAGAGGGGACAUUGUGUUUGUAGAUGAAGCUGCCUGCUUUGCUAUUCAGAAGGGAUUACAAGCAUCUCGUAGUAGCAUCAAGUUAUUUAAGCAUAAUGAUAUGGCUGACCUUGAACAACUGUUGAAAGAACAAGAGACUGAAGAUCAAAAGAAUCCUCGCAAGGCCCGUGUAACUCGAAGGUUUAUUGUGGUGGAAGGAUUGUAUAUGAACACAGGAGAUCUUUGCCCUCUUCCAGAACUGGUAAAAUUAAAGUAUAAAUACAAAGUUAGAAUAUUUUUGGAGGAGAGCCUUUCCUUUGGAGUCCUUGGAGAACAUGGAAGAGGAAUUACUGAACAUUUUGGAAUAAAUAUUGAUGAUAUAGAUCUUAUUAGUGCAAACAUGGAAAAUUCACUGGCUUCUAUUGGAGGAUUUUGCUGUGGAAGGUCAUUCAUUAUUGACCAUCAGCGAUUGUCUGGUCAAGGCUACUGCUUUUCUGCAUCCCUACCUCCUUUGUUAGCAGCUGCUGCUAUUGAGGCUCUGAAUAUCAUGGAAGAUAAUCCAGGCAUUUUUCAGACUCUUCGGGCUAAAUGUGAACGAAUUCACAAAGCUUUACAGGGGUAA